CGACGAAUCACGUGGUCAGCACCUGUCAGCAGACCUCUACAUGACCCCAGUCUGUUCCUGUCAUGGCCCCUGAUGGCUCACCAUCACAAGAUUUACAGAGGACAAAGAAGAAAACCAUCAGGAAAGAGAACGAAGACGUGAAGGACGAGGUCCAGGUGAACAUAGAGAAGCUUACAACAAGCGGACACGGCGCUCUGAAGCGAGGAGACUCCACGAAGGCUCUUGAUUAUUUUAAGAGAGCUUACAGAACUGCUGUCAAGCUCGGCGAUUCUAAAGUCCAGCGGGUUUGUGCCUUCAACCUCGGUGCGGCGUACGUGGAGGCGGGUAAACCCCAGAAAGGGCUGGACUUGCUGUCACAAGCCGAGCCGGGCGAGAGGGGCGAGCGGGUGGCAGACCUGCAGUUUAACCUGGCAGCCGCCCACCAGGCUCUGAAGGACUACGUGCCGGCGGUCAGGCAUUACCAGCGAGCUGCACAGCUGUACCGGUCACAGGGAGACGGGACCAGCGAGGGGGACGCCUGUGUCCGACUGGCUCGAUGUCAUCUGAGGAAAAAGGAAUGGGCGGAGACGGCGGAGAGUUACCUGCGCGCAGCGGAAAGCUAUAAGCUGGUGGGGAAACUGGGCUCCGCCGCGUUAGCCCUGAAGGACGCUGGGAAACACAUGCUGCGGUGUGACGGCUUCUCGGAAGAGGACGCCGUCCGGGUGCUCACAGACUGCCUGGAGCUGAGUGCCCAAAUCACGGAGAAAGCGACACUGGCUGAGCUGUUUAACGCCGUGGGUCUGAGCUUCUCUCAGCUGAAGCUCCUCUCCGAGGCCGCCGAAUGCUACGAGCUAGCUCUGCCGCUGGUCCGUUCCGCUCCGCGCAGGCUCGCUGUGGUGAUGCAAAACCUGGGCGCCAUCCACAACUCCCUGGGUCAGUACCAGAAAUCUCUGGAGUACCACAGAGAGGCGGCUGCACUGCACGGUGCACUGAGGAGCCGCCAAGCUCAAGGUCGCUGUUUCUGUAACCUGGGCCACGCCCUGACUGAGCUGGGGGAGCUGGAGGAGGCGGCGGAGAGCUACCUACACGCUCAACAGGCCUUCAGAGAUACUGGUGAUUCCUCGGGCCAGUGGAAGGUCUGUGAAGGUCUGGGUGGGAUAAGAAUGAGAACCAGAGACCCCGAGAAGGCCGUCGUGCACUACAAGCGAGCGCUGGCACUGCUUUCUGAAUCCGAGAACGUAUCGAGCUCGCCUCAGGAACAUCUCGUCAAUAAACUCAGUGAGGCUCUGCAGCUCCAACUGGCCGUGCAGCAGAGAGGCAUCCCAGCCAGGCGAGCCAUUCAGGAGAGGACCUUAACCCGGCAGCAGCAACGAGCGGCUCAGACGAGGCACGCCGAGGACGCGAUGAACGAGCAGGGAGGAAGAGGACGCCCGGGUGGGCGCAGGGUCGAGGGCAGAGAAACGUACGGACGAAGGAAACCUCACGGUGACGCAGUAACGACAUCGAACGUAACGCACACAGAGCGGCACGAUUACGUAAACACACUCCCGGAGGCUAAUCGGAAUCUGAAUAACACUCAUGAGGAUCCUGAUCGUCCUCACCAGACUGACCUGGAGCCUCAGAAGGAUAAGCCAUUAAGUGAAGGUUCGGAGCCGAAUCCAGUCGAGCCGCUCAGUGAGCACACAGAGACGGUACCUCCGGCACAUGCUCACAGUGAGGAGGCUUCAUCCCAACACAGAAGAAUCAGCUCCAGAUUCUGCACCAUUAUGUGACUUUGGCAUCAUCUGUUGAAGGAUCUGCACUGACCACUACUACUACUGAUGCCAUAUAGCCAUAUAAAGAUCCGUGGCUGCUGGACUGGACCUCAUGACGUCUACUGUACCGCCUUCGUCUCGAACCUGCCUCACUUUUAAACCGUUACCGCAGUGGCAUCAUUUAGACUGCAUUUCCUGUCAGGUUAAUGUGAUGAGUUCUCCAGCAUGGCGCUGUAAUAUCAGAUUAAUAUCCAGCACACACGCUUCAUUUUAAUUUUGCUAAAACUUCAGUCUGUUUGUUUGAUUUUUCAUCAAAGACGUGAUGUGUUAGCUUUAUCUGGAAUAUUACUCUGCUUUUUGAACUCUGCUGAGACGUUUAGUUGAUUUAUUCCUGCAUUAUCCGAGCACUAUCCAGCUCCAGGUAACAGACACCUACUCUGAGAUUUUCCUUUCAGAUCCCUCGAUAUAGUUUGUGGCUUUUCGUUUUCUCCGUGUUUCCGAGCCCUUCCGGCAGUGAGAACGGCAAAGCAGCCAUGAAUUAAUAAUGAACCUUUC